AUGGGGUACCAGGUGAAGCUCCUCCUGUGGAAGAACUGGACCAUUCGCAAGAGACAGAAGGGGCGCUUCUUCAUGGAGAUCAUGUGGCCUGUGACGCUGUUCAUAGGACUGGUGUGGUUGAGGGGCGCCCAUCCCCCGUACCGCCAACACGAAUGCCACUUCCCCAACAAGGCCAUGCCCUCCGCUGGGGUCCUACCGUGGAUCCUGGGGAUCUUCUGCAACGCCAACAACCCCUGCUUCCAGUACCCCACCCGCGGUGAAGCCCCGGGGCUGGUGUCCAACUACAACAACUCCAUAUUGGCCAGGUUCUACUCGGAUGCCCAGGACAUUUUGUUCAGCCAGCCGGAGUUCCUUCAGCUGGGCCGUCUCUGGAGAGAACUGACAGCCAUGAGCACCUUCAUGGACACCCUGCGCACCCACCCUGAGCAGAUGGCAGGCCGUGGUGUGAAGGUGGAGGACAUCCUGCAGGACGACGAAGUGCUCACCUCCUUCCUCCUGAGGGACGUACCUCUCACUCAAUCGGUGGUCUACAAUCUGGUCAACGCCCAGAUCCGACCUGAGCAGUUUGCCGGCGGCGUGCCUGACCUGCACCUGAAGGACAUCGCCUGUAGCCUGAGUCUGCUGGAGCGCUUCCUGGCGUUCCCAAGCCGCCUCGGCCUCCACGCCGUCCGCAACGCCAUGUGCAUCCUGACGCCCCAGCGGCUGCAGACAAUCGAGGACCGCCUCUACGCCAACGUUGACUUCUUCAAACUCUUUCGGCUGCUUCCCCGUGUGCUGGACCAUCACUCCGAUGGCAUUGACGUCCAUUUCUGGGCCAGGGUUUUCUCCACACUGCCUGGAAAACUACAAGAGCUGUGGGACAGGAACAGCUCCAGGGACCUGGUCCGGGCGGUGGCGCCGCUGCUCCGGGACGGGCCCCUGUCCUUCGGGGGCCUGAUGUCGGCCGCCUCGGGCCUGGUGUGCGGCUACAGCGAGGGGGCCUUUGCGCGGGUCACCUCCUUCAACUGGUACGAGGACAACAACUACAAGGCCUUCAUGGGCAUCAACAGCUCCAGGAGCCACGCCCACUACGCCUAUGACCACAGCACCACUCCCUUCUGUAAUGACAUGAUGCAGGAGCUGGAGUCGGACCCGGUCACCAGGAUAGUGUGGAGCUCCCUGAAGCCCAUGCUGAUGGGACGCAUCCUCUACUCCCCCGACUGCCCCGCCACCGCAGACAUCAUCCACAAUGCCAACAGCACAUUUGAGGAGCUGGGACGGCUGAGGAGGAUGGGCCGGGCCUGGGAGGAGGUGGCCUCUCAGGUCUGGAGCUACUUCCAGGAGGGGGUCCAGGUCACCAUGCUGCGGGACUCUCUCCGUAACCCUAAGGUGAAGAGCUUCAUCGACCGAGCCCUGGAGGACACGCCCUUCUCCUCCCGUCACAUCCUUGACUUCCUGUACAACGGGCUAGCCCACGACCGACCCGACCGCAUGGCCCCCUUCGACUGGAGGGACGUUUUCAACCUCACCGACCGGGUCGUCCACAUGCUGAACCAGUACGGCGAUUGUCUGAUCCUGGAUAAGUUUGUGGCCGUGCCGGACGAGGAGACGGUCACCCGCCGGGCCCUGGGUCUGCUGGGGGAGGGCAAGUUCUGGGCCGGGCUGGUCUUCCUGGACAUGGACCCCCGGACCACCAAGGUCCCGCCUCACGUCAAGUUCAAAAUCCGCAUGGACAUCGACGCAGUGGAACGCACCAAUAAGAUCAAAGACAGGUACUGGGACCCAGGACCCCGGGCGGACCCCAUGGACGACCUGCGCUACGUCUGGGGCGGCUUCGCCUACCUCCAGGACAUGGUGGAGCACGGGGUCAUCCACAGCCACACCGGCGCGGCGCAGCCCGUGGGCGUGUACCUGCAGCAGAUGCCCUAUCCCUGCUAUGUGGACGACCUGUUCAUGCUGACUCUGAGCCGCUGCUUCCCCGUGCUGGCGGUGCUGGCCUGGGUGUUCUCCGUCUCCAUGACGGUGAAGAGCAUCGUGCUGGAGAAGGAGCUGCGCCUCAAGGAGACCCUGAAGGCGGCCGGGGUCACCAACGGGGUCAUCUGGUGCACCUGGUUCAUCGACGGCUUCCUCACCAUGACGACCAGUACCGCCCUCCUCACCGCCGUCAUCAUGGGAGGCCGGGUGCUCCACUACAGCGACCCCCUCAUCGUCUUCCUCUUCCUGCUGAGCUUCUCCACGGCCACCCUGGCGCAGUGCUUCCUGCUGAGCGUGUUCUUCAACCAGGCCAACGUGGCGGCGGCGUGCAGCGGCGUGCUCCACCUGGCCCUCUACCUGCCCCACCUGCUCUGCUUCGCCUGGCAGGACCGCGUCACCCGCGACAUGAAGGUCCUGGUGAGCCUUCUGUCACAGGUGGCGUUCGGCCUGGGCACAGAGUACCUGUCCCGCUAUGAGGAGCAGGGCCUGGGCCUGCAGUGGGACAACAUGGGCACCAGCCCCCUGGAGGGGGACGAGUUCUCCUUCCUGUCCUCCAUAGGAAUGAUGAGCCUGGACACGCUGCUGUAUGCCGUGCUGGCCUGGUACCUGGACCACGUCUUCCCUGGACAGUAUGGAAUUGGUCGGCCAUUUUAUUUCCCAGUUCUUCCAUCUUACUGGGUGACUAUGGCAGAGGGAGCAGAAGAGAAUGGACCCCUGGUGGAGCCUUCUGGAGCUCACACAUCCUUCUUCGAGGCCGAGCCAGACGGCCUGGUGGAGGGGGUGUGUAUUCGAGACCUGGUGAAGAGGUUCGGCUCUGGGUCCCCGCCCGCCGUGGACGGCUUGAGUCUCAGCUUCUACGAGAGCCAGAUCACCGCCUUCCUGGGCCACAACGGGGCUGGGAAGACCACCACCAUGUCUAUCCUGACUGGCAUGUUUCCUCCCACCUCGGGGACAGCCACCAUCUAUGGGAGGGACAUCCACACAGACAUGGACACCAUCCGCCUAUCCCUGGGCAUGUGUCCGCAGCACAACAUCCUCUUCAAGGACAUGACGGUAGCAGAGCACAUCCUCUUCUACUCCCUGCUGAAGGGCCGCGAUGCCAAGGAGGCUCAGGAGGAGGUGGAGGACAUGCUGCAGAACCUCACGCUGCGCCACAAGAGAACCGAGCUGGCCCAGAACCUCUCAGGGGGCAUGCAGAGGAAACUAUCUGUUGCCAUGGCAUUUGUUGGUGGGGCCAAGGUGGUGAUCCUGGAUGAGCCCACGUCGGGCGUGGACCCCUACUCCAGACGCUCCAUCUGGGACCUGCUGCUUAAAUACCGUGAAGGGCGCACAGUAAUCCUGUCCACGCACCACAUGGACGAGGCCGACCUGCUGAGCGACCGAGUGGCCAUCAUCUCCCGCGGCCGCCUCCACUGCUGUGGCUCACCCCUCUACCUCAAGACCCUGCUGGGGACGGGCUUCUACCUCACGCUGGUGCGCCGCCGAAAGCAUGAGGCCCCCAAGCCCGGGAGCGACUGCACUGACGAAUGUAUGUCUUCCAAGUGCUCCCAGCUCCGGGAGGCGCCGGGGCCCGCGGGCGACGACCAGAUGGACGGCGAUGUGGAGCGCAUCACCGGCCUGGUGAGGCACCACGUGAGCGAGGCCAGUCUGGUGGAGGCGGUAGGCCAGGAGCUCACCUACCUGCUGCCCCAGAGGGACUUCCAGCCGCGGGCCUACGCCAGCCUCUUCAGAGAGCUGGAGGAGAGCCUCUCCGACCUCGGCCUCAGCAGCUUCGGAGUGUCCGACACCUCGCUGGAGGAGAUUUUCCUCAAAGUGACGACCGGUGGUAACUUGACUAUACGCAAAUGUCUACAAGGUGGGGUUUCCCACACCAACGGCCAGGGGUCAUGUGAGGAGUUAGACGCGGGCCGGGGCUCUUACCAGGUCAGGGGCCCGGGUCUGGUGUUGAAUCAGUUCUACGCUCUGCUGAUCAAGCGGCUCCACCACGCCACGCGCUCACACAAAGACUUCUUUGCACAGAUUGUGUUGCCAGCCAGCUUUGUCUUCCUGGCCCUGACGUUCACGGGUAUUGUACCCCCUUUUGGGGAGUACCCCAGCCUGACCCUCAGUCCCUGGAUGUACGGCCGGCAGUUCACCUUCUUCAGUAACGAGCGGCCCCUGGAUGCCCAGAUGAGGUACUUUGGGGAGGUGCUGCUCAAUCGGCCCGGCUUCGGGACUCGCUGCAUGGCCGAAGAACCCCUGCAAGACUUCCCCUGCAACAACAUCACCACAGGGUGGGAGAUGCCUCUGGUCAGCCCGGGCCUCAUCGAGGCCCUGGAGGGGCCCUGGUGGAACGCCCUGCGGCCCUCGCCCGACUGCCAGUGCAGCACGCCACAGAAACUCACCAUGCUGCCCUCGUGUCCUGAAGGGGCCGGAGGUCUCCCACCCCCCCAGAGAAUCCAGUCCACAGGCGAUGUUUUGAUGGACUUGACGGGCAGGAACAUCUCAGACUACCUAGUCAAGACCUACCCCAGACUCAUCAAGAGCAGCUUAAAAAGCAAGUAUUGGGUCAACGAGCAAAGGUAUGGCGGCAUAUCGGUUGGAGGACAGCUUCCUGUUCUUGAGGUGGAACCCAAGACAAUACAGGAUGUAGCAGCACAAGUGGGGCUUCUACUGAAUGUUACCGGGGGUGAAUCCUGCAGACGAACUCUGAAGGACAUAGGAAUCUUCCUCAGGUACUUGGAGACCAAGAACAAUGUCAAGGUGUGGUACAACAACAAGGGCUGGCACGCCAUGGUCUCCUUCAUGAACGUGGCCAACAACGCCAUCCUGCGGGCAGCGCUGCCCCGUGCCGCCCCCCUGGAUCAGUACGGGGUCACGGCCGUCAACCACCCGCUGAACCUGACCCGGCAGCAGCUCACCGAGGUCACCGUGCUGAGCACAGCGGUGGACGCGGCGGUGGCGGUCUGCGUCAUCUUCUCCAUGUCCUUCAUCCCAGCCAGCUUCCUCCUCUACCUCAUCCGGGAGCGUGCAACUCAGGCCAAGCACCUGCAGUUCGUCAGCGGGGUCAGCCCCCUGGUGUACUGGCUGGCCAACUACCUGUGGGACAUGGUCACCUAUUCUGUGUCCGCCGCCAUGGUGGUCGGGGUCUUCAUCUACUUCAACAAGAAGUGCUACACGUCCCCCACCAACGUUCAGCCCCUCGUGGCUCUGCUCAUGCUCUACGGGUGGUCCGUGACGCCCAUGAUGUACCCCAUGUCCUACAUGUUCAGUGUUCCAAGCACAGCCUAUGUCUAUCUCUCCUGCAUCAACCUCUUCAUCGGCCUCAACAGCAGCACCAUCACCUUCAUCCUGGACCUGUUCCCAAGCACCACGGGUCUGUACAAGUGUAACCAGCUGCUUAAGAGCUUGCUGCUUGCCUUCCCCCACUACUGCCUGGGCCGGGGCCUGAUAGACAUGGCCAUGAACCAGGCUGUGGCUGAGGUCUACAGCCACUUCGGCGAGGAGUACACUCCAGACCCGUACAGCUGGAACUACCUGGGGAAAAACCUGGCCUGCAUGGCGGCAGAGGGCUUUAUCUACUUCACCCUGACCAUCCUCAUCCAGUACCGCUUCUUCCUCAACCACUGGAUCCCAGACUCCGUCCAGCCUCCGAUGGUGGCGGAGGAUAUGGAUGUGGAUCAGGAGAGAGAGCGUAUCUACAAAGGAGGAAACACCAGCGAUAUCUUGUGCAUCAAAGACCUCUCCAAGACGUACAAGGGCAGUACCACUCCAGCUGUGGACAGGAUCUGCUUAGGCGUGUCACCUGGAGAGUGUUUCGGUCUUCUGGGGGUGAACGGAGCGGGGAAGACCACCACCUUCAAGAUGUUGACGGGUGACAUCGACGUGAGCUGGGGCGAGGCCUCGGUCAGAGGCCACAGUAUACUGACCAACAUCCUGGACGUGCACCAGAACAUGGGCUACUGCCCCCAGUUUGACGCCAUUGAUGAGCUGCUGACGGGCAGGGAGCACCUGAACCUGUACGCCCGCCUCAGUGGAGUGCCCGAGUACGAGGUCGCCCGGGUGUCAGAGUGGGCCAUCUGGAAGCUGGGGCUGUCGGAGUACGCGGGACGCAGCGCCGGGACGUACAGCGGAGGCAACCGGAGGAAGCUGUCCACCGCCAUCGCCAUGAUAGGCUGCCCUGCCCUGCUGCUGCUGGUGAGGCCUGUUCAGACCGUGAUAGGCUGCCCCGCCCUGGAUGAGCCGACCACAGGCAUGGACCCCCACUCCCGGCGCUUCCUGUGGAACUCCAUCAUGAGCGUCAUUCAGGACAAGCGCGCCGUCGUCCUCACGUCCGACAGUAUGGAGGAGUGUGAGGCCCUGUGCACCCGGCUAGCCAUCAUGGUCAAUGGGUCCUUCAAGUGUCUGGGCACCAUUCAGCAUCUCAAGUACAAGUUUGGCGACGGCUACAUGGUGACCAUGAAGAUCCGGGGGGCGGCGCCGGGCCUCAGUCCGGACCUGAACCCCGCAGAGGACUUCAUGGAGGACGUGUUCCCCGGCUGCGUGCAGCGGGAGAGGCACCACAACACGCUGCAGUACCAGGUCAGCUGCUCCUCCCUGGCCAGGAUCUUCCAGACGCUGCUGGUCAACAAGGAGCCGCUCCACAUAGAGGACUACUCGGUGUCCCAGACCACCCUGGACCAGGUGUUUGUGAACUUUGCCAAGCAGAAGCUGAGAGGGGAAGAGUCUAUCGUGUUGCACCCCAGGGCGGCCGGGGCGCGGCGACAGGUCAAGGUCGCGCCCCUGAAGAGGAAGUGAAGCUCCGCCGUUCACCUCUGCAGGAAGAGUGUGUGUGUGCGUGCGUGCGUGUGUGUGUGUGUGUGUGUAGGGGUCAUCAACAACAUUGGGGCUGAUCUACUGGUUCAUGCCAGGUCAACAGAGUCUGCCCGACUUCCAAAGGCUGUGUCACCAUGACAUGCCUGUGCCUACUGAAGGGGUCCCCUUUCCCCAAUGACUGAAUUGACAGAAAUCACUGGAAUCCUCUUUUCUCCACGUAGGGAGAACAAUUGUAAAGUUCACAUCGUCUGACGUGAACACAGAUUAAGUAUGACAGAGAUGAUCAAACCUGCAUUGAGAUUUUCAUUUGAGCUGUACUGUCUGAAGUUCAGGCGCCAGGCUGUGACUUAUGCUGCAGUGGCCAAAGGAGGUGAACCUUCUUUGUUCUGCCUUUCUGUGAGACAGGGAAUGUAGGCUGAAGGGAGUUGAAGGCUGAGCACUUUAUUGAUACAGCCCUGGUGGAAGCACCAAGAGGCCCUUUUUUUUACCAAGUUGGAGAGUCGUGUAUGCAUUGUGUUGCCGAUGAAGUUGCAUAAUGCUGCUGCUGCUAAUGAUUCCAUUGAAUAAUGUUUUAAUUAUAAUUCAUGUUAUUAUAAUUAGCUAUUCAGAUGUUGAUUUUUGUCCAUGCGUUUUUUAUCAUGGGCAUCUUUGUUGCUUGAAUAUCCAAAUUUUUGUCCGCUUAUGAAUGAAGCUCAUCAGUAG